GAGAGUUACCGGAGCACACACACUUUUGUUGUUUUUGUUGGCGUCUGUUAACAUUUGCAACAGUCUCAAACCCAACAAUACAUCACUUCACAUCACUCUCUCCUCACAAACCCUAAUAUUGUUUCUACUGCCACACUCCUCACCCCUCUCUCUUUCAUCAAUAAAGAACCCUUUUUCACACAUACCCACUUCAAUUUUUUCACUGAUUCAUCAAUUGAUUCCUGUUUUCAGCAUCAUUGAUUCCAUUUAACAAAUUUUAUAGGGUUUAGGUGAAAAAAAUUAGGGAUUUUUAUUGGAUUGGUGAGAGAAAAUCAAUUAUGGUGAUUGCUGAUAAUGAGAUUGGUGAAGAUCAAAAGGAGAUUAAUGCUCCUAAGUCUCCAUGGAAGAGACCUAGUCUUGAUGGGAAAAGUGUUGAUGUUCCUGUUUUGAUGGUUGGUACUAAGUCUUGGCCAGCUCUUUCUGAUGCUCAAACUCCAAAACCAAAGAAUCAUGUUGAAACUGUUUCUUCUAAGGUUGAGGAUGCAGCAGUUUCUGUGCCAAAUGUUGGUGAGGUUGCUCCAAGGCCUCAUUCUGUUCAGAAGUCAAAUGGUUCUGGAAACUUCAAUCCGGUGCAUAAGCUGCCAUCACCGCGUUAUCAAAAGCCAGGCCCUAAGCGUAACAAUAACACAAAUGGCGCAGCUCCUGUUCCUGUUGCGAUGCCUCAUCAUCAUCAGCCGCCUAUUCAUCCAUUUUUUCAUCCUAUGGUACCUCCGCCUCACAUUGUUGUUCCUGCAUAUGCUUAUCCGCCUGGUCCGGGACCUUAUCCGAGUGGUGAUAAUCCUCUAGUGAAGCCUGUAUCCCCUGGAGCAGGACAGGGUUUUACUCCACCUGCUCAUGUUGUUGAUGGCAAAAAUGUCCAGCCUCCAGUGCAAGGGGAUCCAAAUCCGUAUGUUAAUUAUCCGAAUGGAAGACCAAAUAUUCAAGAACAAGGUGACCAUGUGAAUCAUGGUUGGCAUCAUCAAAGACCUUUUCCUCCCAGAGGAAACAUUCCCAUGCAACACGGUAUGGGUCCAAGGCCCUUUAUAAGACCUCCAUUUUAUGGUCCACCUCCAGGGUACAUGGUUGGUCCUAGCUUCCCAGGACAUGCACCUAUAUGGUGUGUCCCGAUGCCACCCCCUGGUUCCAUCAGAGGCCCCCCUCCGCGGCACUUUGCUCCCUAUCCUCCUGUUAAUUCAGCACCUCAAUCACCGACUCCGGAAACUUCAUCUUUGGGAACUAGCAUUCUCAAACAGAUUGAGUAUUAUUUUAGUGAUGAAAAUCUGCACAGUGACCCUUAUCUUAUUGCCUUGAUGGAUGACCAAGGAUGGGUUCCCAUCGCCACUGUUGCUGGUUUUAAAAGGGUCAAGAGGAUGAGCACAGACAUACCAUUCAUCAUUGAUGUGCUUCAGAGUUCCGAUAAAGUGGAAGUGCAGGGUGAGAAGAUAAGGAAACGUGACAAUUGGUCAAAAUGGAUUGAAGCAUCCUCAGGAAAUUCAGGAAAUUCAGGAUCAUCAGGGGCUCAGGUUCAACAGGACCAACUUGUAGAGGCUACCGACAAUUCAUGUCAGAAUAGUGAUGCUGUUGGAGAUAACAUAAAAGAGUCUUCUGAAGCAACUCUUACAACAGAUGCUGCUCAUAGUUCAACUUUGACUGAACAGAUUCAGUCAAACAAAGAUACAUUUCAAGUUUCUGAUUUGAACCAAAAACAAGAUACCGACAUUCAUCAAUCUGACGAUAUAUCACAUGCAGUAACGAGCAAAAAUAUUAACACAGCCCGUAUUAAUUUCUUCUGCCGUCCACAAGAACCUGAGCGCAAAGUAGCCGAUUUCAAUGAGACUGGAAACAUGGAUGAUUCGGCUGAUGAUUUUGGUACAUUUUUGCUUGAUGAAGAGAUAGAGCUUGGGCAGAAGAUGCCAAAGAAGAUUGAGCUUUCUUCUACUAGAAGGAUUGAUGACGAAGAUGAUGAGAUGGCUGUCAUUGAACAGGAUGUUCAGAGACUUGUAAUCGUUACUCAGAAUGGUGAUCCUAAAAAGGAAACUGGUGGUAGUAAAGAAUCAAAACCUAUUUCCAAUGAGCUUGCUUCUGCAAUAAACGACGGACUUUACUUUUAUGAGCAGGAACUAAAACAUAAUAGACGGUCGAAUCGUAGAAAGAAUAACUCUGAUAACAGAGAACGAAACUUGAAAUCUGCAAGCCAUACUUCAGGAGCAUCAAAUAUAAAGGCAGGCGAAAAUGCUGUUGUUGGAAGUCCUGAAGAAUCUGGAAACAAUAUUUCUCGAAGGAAACAAAAAGCCCAUCACAAGCAACACUCUUCCCUUCAGCAGCGUUUUUUCUCGAGCAAUUUUAGAAAUCACGGAACUGGUCGUAACUCUCAUGGAGUUAUAUCUGAAAGCCCACCUAGUAGUUCAGUUGGUUUUUUCUUUUCUUCGACGCCUCCUGAAAAUCACAGUCACAUGCUUUCCAAAUUAAGUAGUUCACCUCAUGGAGGUCUUCCUGGAACCAGUCCACCUGUAGGUUCAAUGCCAAAGCCUUUUCCUCCUUUUCAGCAUCCAAGUCACCAGCUCUUAGAAGAAAAUGGUUUCAAACAACAGAAGUACCUAAAAUAUCAUAAAAAAUGCUUGAAUGAUAGAAAGAAACUUGGAAUUGGCUGCAGUGAGGAAAUGAAUACUUUAUACAGGUUCUGGUGCUACUUUCUUCGAGACAUGUUUGUUCCUUCUAUGUAUGAAGAAUUUAAGAAGUUAGCAAAGGAAGAUGCAGCUGCUAAUUAUUAUUAUGGCAUAGAGUGCCUUUUCAGGUUCUACAGCUAUGGUUUGGAGAAGGAAUUUAAUGAUGAGUUGUACAAGGAUUUCGAACAGUUUACACUGGAUUUCUACCAAAAAGGCAAUCUAUAUGGCCUGGAAAAAUAUUGGGCGUUUCACCACUAUCGCAAGAUGCGUAACCAAAAAGAACUAUUGCAUAAACAUCCUGAACUGGAGAGGUUGCUCAAUGAAGAAUAUCGAAGUUUGGAGGAUUUCCGUGCAAAAGAAAAGAAUGCGGCAAAAGCAGCAGCGAAAGCUGACACAAUUAAGGUUGAGUGACAAUAUGCCUAAAAUAGUAGUAAAUACACAUGGCACACAAAAGUUUUGAUGGCAUCCACAAUUUUGAAAGGAAAUUCACUCUAACAACAUUGACAAUAUGAGUUUGCGUAGCGGCAUGCUUUUUUGGUUUUGAAUGAAUGGGAAAAAAAAAAGGAAAGAUCCUUUUGUUUGUUCUAUAUAGGUUGAGAUUGAUUGGUGAUUGCCAAGUCUUUUCAAAGUUUCUUCGAUGGAUUAUUCUAUAUGGUAUACACUUCAUCAUUAUCUUUGAUGGAUCUUAUAGACUUGGGGAGACACAUUUUCUUGUCUCCAAAUGUUGUGUACAUAUAGAUAAGAUCAUAGACUUAGAAAGUUGUUGUCAACAUUACAAACAUAAGAUGAAGGAAGAGGAUCUUUGUCUUUGAAUUUUGAUGGUGGUGAAAAUGAGAGAAAAAGGUUGUUGUACUUUGUACUAUAUACCUUUGCCAAAUUUGUGACCAAUAAGAGUUAUCAUCUUCUUAUUGUAA